CGGCUCUAUAUAUAUACCAGUGUAGCUUCCUCCGCCUGUUCUUCGUCCUCAUAUAUCUACAAAGUGAAUACAGACUAUUGGUGAAAGCUCUCCCGCGCUAACAUGGCUGUAUAAAGGCGUGCGGCUCUCUUUGCAGCGGCAACAACCCGGCAGUGCAGCGGCUAAGUGCACUGGCUAUUUCUGGCAAAAUGGCGUCUCUCUCAGCAACCACCCACAGCUUUGCUGCCGUCGACAGCAGUACCGAACGCCUCGACUUACUAACGUCAACAGAGUCCCCUUUGAUUUUAUUCACCCGUUCACGGCUAACACUGACCAGCAGCAGACAUGACCCUCUCCCAGCUGGCCAUGGAGGACGUGGAUGCCCUGUACUUAGGGUCCUCGUUUCUGAUGGCUGACCCCAUGGGGCCCCUUCUGGACCAAGAUGAAGAAGAAGCUCUUUCUCCCUCCUCCUCUCUAGAGGGGAAGGCGCCAGCUUCGCCUCCCCUCUCUUUCUCCUACGCAUCCUCCCCGUCUCCCUACCAGACCAUGUUGUCCUCCCCGCUCUCUUCCGCCUCCCCGCCUCCCUCUCCUCCUCCCCCCACCCAUCCCUCCUCGUUCCUGGGAACCAAGGCCGGAGUGGACUCCCUGUCUCUCUCCUGGCUGGGUGCCAGCGACCUGCUCAACUCCCACGUUGGAGCAGACGAUGGCAACGAUGAUGCUUUUGCGGGCAUGGACUGGAUGUCAGAGAAAAUCGACCUGAGUGAAUUUGACCUGGAUUCCCUCAUUGGCUCCUACUCAUCCGACGAGUCUCCCAGCUCCCCCGAGGAUCUCCUGGCCUCUCUCGAGUCCCACAUGGAUCUGGAUCUAGACUCCUUUGACACAACCAUCCCCGUCCCGCAGGACAGCCUGGAGGUGGGUCUGUCGCUGCCCAGCAUCCCCUCCCUCCCUCAGGAGCUCCCUCUCCCUGGGGCAGGCGAGGCCAAGAAGACCGAGGUGGCUCCCGAUCAGGAGGUUGUUAUGAAGUCUGAGCCUCCCUCCCCGGCUCCGUCUACGUCACCUCCCUCGCCAGCCUACGCGUUGGAGCUGGGGAGUGAAGUGGAUGUCCUGGAUGCAGAGAAAACACCCCUAUCCCUCACAGCCACCAUCAUUCCAGAUCCCAGCGGGAGCAUUCAAACCAGCAGCCCCAUUGUGCUCGCUCUCUCUACCUUUGUGGUGGUGCUCCCCAACAACGAUGAGCCCUCCCCCCCGUCUCUUCCUGACCAGUCCAUUAAAACCUCUCCUCCAUCAAGCGACUGCGACAGCGACUCUGGCAUCGAGUCCGUCGCCGACUCACCGCCUCGCCUCCCAUCUCCUCCUCCGACAGCUGGUUCCUCCAGGACCAAACCCUACUCCAAACCAGAGCCCUCCGUCGCUUCCUCCCCCUCGGCCAAGACCUCCAGGGUCAAAUCGGUGUCUGGCGCUCCCAAGGUGGUGGAGAAGAAACUGAAGAAGAUGGAGCAAAACAAGACGGCAGCCACUCGCUACAGACAGAAGAAGAGGGUCGAGCAGGACCUGCUCAGCACAGAGUGCGACGAGCUGGAGAAGAGGAACCACGAGCUGGAGGAGAAGGCGGAGUCCAUCAACCGAGAGAUUCAGUAUCUCAAGGACCUGAUGGAGGAAGUUCGUAAGCGCCGCAUCAAGACCAGCCCGGUGGUUCAGUAAGCAGAAUGUGUGAUGAGCACAAUCUGCAGAGAAGUGACGGCGUUGUUUCUGCUCCAACACUCACAUGCCAUAACGAAGCACCGCUUUAGUAUUAUGUUGUAAGAGAUUACAGAAGAAUGGCGUGCGAGGGUGGAUGUAUGAAACUCGCCACUGAACAGAAAAAGAGGGAUGAAAAGUGGAAGUUGAUGAGAUAGUUAGCGUAGAGCAGGGGGCUGGGAGGUAGUCAGGUGAAGCAUCUGUACAUGCUUGUCUCCCAGUCCCCUGUUAGAUCCCCAUAAUGCACUCCCUGUCUUUACUAGCAAUAAAAUAGGCAGGGUGUGUAUUUAUAUUUGUAGACUAGGCAUGCAAAACAUGAGUCACCAUAGCUCCCGGUAGAGUCGUAGACUUCCUCACACUCCCAGCGUCAGUCAACAGCCGGACCUCAGCUCCGCUUCAAUAAAAUAACUCCUGUGUCCGUGAAGUGAGACACUUUGACCUUGUCACCCGCCGCUUUUUAACCCAGUGUCCCCCCAUUUCCAACUUCCUCUUCUUAACAGCUUCAAGUCCAGAAAGGGGCCUCAACCUAUUUAUGAAUUCUUGAUGUUACUGUUUUAUUUUUCUUCUUUUUCUGUGUGUAUAUAGUUUUCUCCUCCUUUGCUUGCCGAUAGUAGCUUUUGUUAUUUAAUGCUGGAUAUAAACUGUGCUACUCAUGUCUCGAGUAGCUCAGAGUCUCUUUGCAGCACAGCUGUUUGGCUUGUAAAAAUGCUUUGCUCUUCUUUUUCUAAUAAAUAUCUCUGUGCUCAAGUGA